AUGGCUACAAAGAAGACAAUAUUGUCAAUCACCUCAUCCCUUUUUGAUUCACUUGCAACCUUGAAGUCGGUCUCAUCACUCACCGUACCCUGCUAUUGCUUGCAACCUGAUACACACAAUAUACAAAUUCAUGGAUUUUGCGAUGCAUCAAUACGCGCCUACAGUUGUUCAGUUUAUCUUCGUACGCAGAGCUCGCAUGGUCAAGUCGACGUACACUUACUAACAUCAAAGUCCAGAGUCGCACCAGUAAAGAAGCAGUCCCUUCCCAAACUUGAACUUUGCGAUGAUCAUCUUCUCGCUUGUCUCUAUGCUAAAAUGAAAGACAUAUUCUCGACCGGAUCAGUUACCACUUACUUUUUGACCGACUCACAACUAGUCUUGCAUUGGCUUCAACAGUACUCGAUUACGCUAUCAACAUUUGUCGGAAAUAGAGUAUCAGACAUUCAAGCGCUUACAGUAGAUAAGAUUACCGGAUUCGAACUCAUCAAUGUUGGAGAUCGCUUAGGCUUCGCAGAUUUGCCGGGCGCUCAAAAACACCCUAUUUUACUGCCUAGCACUUCGCAAUUUGUACUCAAUUACGUUCGAUAUCUACAUAGAAGGAAUUAUCACGCUGGUUCUAAAGCAUUGGUUGCCCUGAUCCGACUGGAAUAUUGGAUUGUCAACGACAGAGAUUUGACACUUCGUGUUGUUCGGUCUUGCGUACAUUGCGUACGAUAUAAACCAGUCCUAGCUCAACAAGUCAUAGGACCACAUCCGGCCACACGUAUCACUCUCGCUCGCCCAUUUGAGCGCUGUGGAGUAGACUUCUGCGGACCAAUAAAUAUUUACUUGCGGAUUCGAGGUAGAGCUCCCACAAAAUCCUACUUGGCUGUGUUUGUUUGCUUCGUCACCAAGGCAGUACUUACUGAGGUUGUGUCCGAUCUCUCAACGCAUUCAUUCUUUAAUGCUCUAAAGCGUAUGGGUGGUCGCAGAAAACUCCCUUGUGACAUCUUUUGCGACAACGCUAUAAAUUUUGUUGGAGCGUCCAACUAA